CCUGCCUCCGCCUUUCUUCUCCCGUCAUCACACCUCGCUUCACGGAGCAAACAAACCAGAGCAGGGGGUCUGUACCGAGUCUGUUGAUUAUCGCCGGGUGCAGAGUCUUUAGAAAACCUGGGGAGAAAAAGGCAAAGCAGUUAUGGUGAUUUACUGCUUCCGUUUGCUGUGCGUCCUAGUGCAUACCCCGCACUUGGCACGGUACAAGGUAGACCCUGCGGUACUCCGAAGUUGCCUGCCCCUGCUCCAGAGCAGGACCUGGCCAGGGGAAGGAAACGAGCAGGGGCAGGGGCUUUGGGAGCUGGCAGAGUCCCGGGCAGAGACUGAAUAACCUGCAGCACUGAAGGCGGGGUGUAACUUUCUGGGUCCCCUCAGUGAGAGGUGGAGGCUCAGGUCCCCCUGACCCCUGUGCAGGGCUCCUCAGGGGAUGCUGGCCCUGCCCCAGGGGAGAAGCUUGUUGUUGCCUUCAGGGAGGCACCAGGGGUCCCAGCAGGUGCAAUGGCAGGUCCACGGGGGCCUGUGCCACUGAAAGCCUUGGAAAUGAAACGGUUCGUUGGGGCAAAUGCAGGAAUUUUUAAAUUUUAUUUUCCCAAGGAAAACCGAUCGUGUUAGGGGAAUCUGAGUGAGUUUUUAGGCUGUUCAGCACCAAAUAAGUCCCAACAGCCCUGAGAUGCUCUUGGCUACUCCAGCAGGUGCACUGACUCUCUCCUAAGGUGUCCUGAGAAGUGUUGCCGGUGUUAAGUUAUUGGGUUGUGACUUGAAGGAUUUUUCCUGUUCUUUCCAUUGCAGUUGUGCUCAGCUGCCUCUCCACAAGGGUUACCAGAUUCCCCAGGAAUCCAAGGGCUGGAUCUUGACCCUGGAGCUCCUGCUAGGCUAGGAACAAUUGGAGUCAUUUGGCAGGAAGGAAACACCCCAGGGUGAGCUGCCCCAGGAUGAGCCCAGCUCUGAGCUUAGGGAAGUGAAACUAGCUCUGUCUCUUCCCUGCUUGCAGCCAUGGCCACUGAGAGCUCUGUACAAAGCCUCCAGGAUGAGGUGACAUGCUCCGUCUGCCUGGAGUUCUUCAGGGACCCGGUGAUGAUCAUGGGCUGCGGGCACAACUUCUGCCAAGCCUGCAUUGCCCAGUGCUGGGAGGGGGCCGAGACAGACGUCACCUGCCCUCAAUGCAGACAGACCUUUGCCCAGAGGCUCCUGGGCCCAAACAGGCAGCUGGCAAAUGUUGUAGAACUAGUCAAGGGCCUGAGCAUGAGGGGAGCCGGGGGCAAGACGGUGUGCGAGCAGCACAGGGAGGCUCUGAAUCUCUUCUGCGAGACAGACCAGGUCCUGAUGUGCGUGAUCUGCUGGGAGUCCCGGGCGCACCAAGCUCACCCUGCGGCUCCCAUCCAGGAGGCUGCACAGCAGUGCAAGGAACAAAUUCAGACUCAGCUGCAGCUGCUAAGGCGAGAGAGGGAGGGACUUGAAGCACUGCGAGGGAGUGAAAGUCAGAAACACCAGGAAUACCAGGUGGGUGCAGCUGGGGUCAGGCUGACAUGGGCGAGGAAGGAAGGGAUGUCUCCCACUCUGGUUAUUUCUGGGAUCAGUGACUGUGUCAUUUCGUACCUGUGUUGGAGUGUGUGGUGGCAGGUCCAGGCCUUGUAAACCCACUCAUCAGUGAUAAGCAGAGAUCCGGGUUUUCUGUUUGUUGUUUGUAAAGCAAAAAUGUGGAUUUUCUCCUUUAAAGGAGGAAAACAUUGGAAACAGCUGGCUCCCCCUUGCAUGCUGGCAGAGUUGCAGCCUGCUUGGGGCUGGGGGAGUGGGAGGAGGGUGAUGCGGAGGCACCACGUGUAUGUGCACAGGCACAUGUGGACAUGACAGCCAGACAGUGUGGUGGCGAGCACUUUUUUUUAAUCUUUAAAACAUUUUAUUAAAAAAACAGACCAUAAGAAAAGGCUCAAAACGACCCCCAACAGAGGCCUCACAAAAGGAUAAUAUAACAUUGCAAAUAACAUAAUAAAAAAAACAUCGGAAUUGGUAUCAUAUUGCACCUCCCUGCAAUUAAGUUUGUAUUUAAGCUGCCCAGGUGAAAGCUGCCCAGGUGAAAGGUGCCAUCUGCACCGACAAGCCCAUCCCAUUGCAGCAGGUGGCACCAGGACGGUCUGUCCUGGCACUCGGUAGCCCUGGAGGACUUGUGCAUGGCCACCAGAAUGGACCCUUGGGGACACCACCAGUUUUGGGGCCUCCACCCCCUGCAGUGCCAGCAGCCCAGGGCUGGGGCUCAGGGCCAUGUGCCUCUCAGUGCCCUUUGCCCAGAGCCCUGCUGGGGCUGGGGCUGGGGGGCCGCUUGGGCUGGAGCCUGAGCCCUACCAGGCGCUGCCUGUGGGAAGCUGCUGAGCUGGUCUGUGUUUGAGCUGUUUUUUCCUGUGCAGCAAAGGCCCCUGGGCUGGGGGCUUCCCAGAGCUGGAAAAGUUUCACUCAGGGCCGGCACGUCCCUCUGACAUGGACAGUUUCCUUGUACUGCCUGGCCCUGGGCCUCUCGUGGCUUCACAUCCACAGAGAUCUCAAUAAACAUCUCAA